UGUUUUUUGAUCAAGGGAGUCAGGGGAAGAUAGUGCUUCCACCUCUUAAAAAAAAAUUAUGACUACUUUUGUGCAGGGAAAUCUCUAAGCCAACCUUCAAACACCAAAUUGCCCAUGUGGCUAGACCUUAACAGAAGGAUAAACAGAGAAAUGUCUCACUCUGAAAACAAAGGGCUGAUAUUGGGCAUAAUGGCAGGGGCUGCUGGAAUAAGCUUGGUACUGGUUUGGUAUCACAAGAGCCGAAAAUCUGGAGCAACUGUAAAUUUGCCUGCGUUUCUAGAUUUACGCAACAGAUUUCAUUAUGUAGAUUUGCAAAAUGAAACUCAUAAUGAGCAAGGAACAGUAAUGGCUUUACAAGGAAGACAGCUUCAGAUACUGGAAAAAUUGAAUGGCUUACUAUUGAGUGUGGAAGAACUGAAGAGAGAAGUGAAGUUUCUUAAAGAAGCUGUUCCAAAGCUGGAAGAACUUGUUCGAGAUGAGCUGCAAGGGAAGGCUGGUGUUCGUGGGAUUAGCCCUUUACACAAAGCCACCAGAAAAAGAAGAGCUGAGACAGUUUAUGGUGCAACAGAAACUACCAGCUCUGAGGAGGCAGAUAGCGAAGGAGGCUAUAUUACAGCUCACAGUGAUACUGAAGGAGAAUCCGAAGAAGAAGAAAGGGGAUGGAUUAGUUUACCUGCAGCAUCUGCGAGAACAGAAAAGGAAACAGAACUAUUUAAUCUUCUGCAGCAGGUGGACAGUUUGCAUUGUGGUUCAGAUGAUGAUAAAAAGGAGAGCUUCAGACUGUUACUUGAGAAAGAGGAAAAGUAUGGAAACCAUGAGGGGUUUCUUUGGAGACUUGCACGAGCUUAUGGAGAUAUGUUUGAGAUGACUACAGAUAUUGAAGAAAAGAAGAAAUAUGUUGCUAAUGGAAAGAUUGUAGCUGAAAAAGCUAUUCAGCUGGAUACCAUGAGCGCUGAUAGCCACCAAUGGUUUGCAAUUAUGUGCGGCUAUAUGUCUGAGUUUGACAGUAUACAAAACAAAAUCAAGAAUGGCUGUCUCUUUAAGGAGCAUGUAGACAAAGCAAUUGAACUUAAGCCUCAAGAUCCUUUUUUAUAUUACCUAAAUGGAAGAUGGUGCUAUUCAGUAGCACAGUUGUCUUGGAUUGAGAAGAAAGUAGCUGCUACUCUUUUUGGGACUCCACCAACUUCAACAGUACAGGAAGCUUUGCAGAAUUUCCUUAAGGCUGAAGAAAUGCAUCCUGGAUAUUCCAAAUACAAUUAUGUGUAUUUGGCAAAGUGCUACAAAGAUCUUGGCCAGAGAAGCAAUGCACUGAGAUACUGUGAUUUUGCAUCAUCAGUGUUACCAGUUACCAAUGAGGAUAAAGAGGCCCAGAAAGAUUUAGAAGCUUUACUUCUAACGCUGCAGCUGUGACAAAAAGCACUUUUAGCUCUUCAUGCUGUGAUGAUAUUGUAGAAGAACCAUAGAAACUAGUCACUGGGAGUCUGAUCCAAAGCUCAUUGAAGCUAGUGGAAAGACUACCAUUGACUUCAGUCAUUUUUGGAUCAGGCCCUGUAAGUGGAUGGCAAUUCGGGUAUGAAAAUGAUGCAUUCUAUCUUUUUGAUUCAUAGCUUUAUUUUUAAUUUUUGGAUCUACAGUUUGUUUUAAAUUAUUUUUGCUGGAAGUAUAAUCUUUCAUUAUGAAGUCCACUGCUGGCAAUGGACAGCACAUAGGCAAGAACGCCAAAUGCAUUAACUGUGUUCUUGGAAUGAUUAAUCAACUAAACUGCAAUGCUAGCACAGGAUUAUGUGGAGCAAUUUAUUUGUUUCUACAUGAAAUUAUGUUUCUACCAAUUGAUCUAUAUAAAUGUAUGUGAAGGUACAUAAUAAACAUAUGUAUGUGUGUUCCUCUGCUCUUAUUCACAAGAAAUGUAUAAGAAUGAUGGAAGUUAAGGAAAAAGGGAUAGUCUUAAAAAACCUAUUUUUACUUUAGCCUAUUUUUGAUGGAAAUGUGAAAACUUUAUAAAUCAUGUUUUAAAGUCAUAUUUUAUGUUACUUGAAAGGAAAAUAUUAAAAAUUGGACCAAUGAAAUGAAAUAUUGUGGUUAAAUCUGUUAG